AUGUUCCUGGCCUUCUACGAGCUCUGCGCGGCGGUCAGCCUGGACGUGCUGCGGCACGUCAGCUGCGGGCUGGGGAUCCGGCCCUCGGUCCCGACCGGGGGGGGUCGACCCCCGAGGGGGGACUACGACCUCGACUACUUCACCCCCUUCCACGCCAAGCGGGACUGCGAUCUGCAGGCGAAGUACUACCCGCGGAUCGGCCACGCCUCGCGGACCCGCCAGGGCGUCGCGAUUCGCAACCCCCAAUCCGCGCAGAACCCGGGCGGGGUGAAGGUGCUGCGGCGGAAAGGCGCCCGCGCCCAGCCGUUGGUCGCCGGGACGGACGAAAAGCCCGAGGGCGGCGGGGGGGAUCUCCCGCGGCUCGACACCCACAAGGACCUCAGCACCAUCACCCUCCUCGCGCAGGACUCCAUGGGCGGCCUGGAGGUCUGGGACGACGCCAAGGAGAGCUUCGUCGCCGUCCCCGUCCUCGAGGACGCGCUGCUCGUUAACGCGGGCGUCUUCCUGGAGAAGUGGUCCGGCGGCCUCAUCGAGGCCACCCAACACCGCGUCCGGAACGUCGAAAGAGGCCGGGGACGCUGCAGCAUCGUCUUCUUCGCGAUGCCGGACCACGACGCCCGCAUCGAGCCGCUCCUCCAGCAGGAUGAGAACCCGGCGACCGACUCACAAGAGGGCUUCCUUGCCGGGGACCUCAUGCCGAUGCACUGA